CACCACCCAUCAUCGCCACCAUCAAUUCAGGCCCUCGCACUGCUGCGGAAUGCCCUCUCCUCGCCUUAUCCCCCUGGAAAGCAAUCGGCGUCCCCGCUCGAAUUUGAUCUAGAAGUCAUUGAAACGAAACCUCCGACCGCCGAUCAAUUGAAGACCAUUCUUACGUAUAUCACUCCGCCGAGAUCUACUGCACCCCCUGCGUUGUCUACCUUUUUAUCUGCGCAUCCGGCGUCGUCUGGCCUAGGUGAACAGCCGCAAAGUGUCAAAGGUAUCGUGAGUCUUGCGGAGCAAAACCCGAAUGCGUUCAAAUGGCCCGUUGUCGUGGACUGGAUUGGUGGACGUGCCAGUAUAGGGGAUGUCGAGGGCGUGAAAGGAAUCUUGGAAGCCAUCAGGCAGCAGAGAGAUAGGGAAGUGAAACAGGAUGAAGUGGAUCAGCCCAAAGGCUGGUUCUCAUAA